GCGCGCGGACUUUCCCGGAAAGUUUGGUGGUUCUUCUCCGCCGCCGCAGGCAGCGGCGCCGCGCCCCACGUCCGCCAAACUUUGGGGCUCACUCGCGCGAUGAGCGUCCCUCCGCUGCUGCGGCCGCCUAGCCCGCUCCUGCCCGCCGCGGCCGCCGUGGCUGCUGCGGCCGCCGCGCUGGUCCCCGGCUCCGGGCCCGCGCCCUUCCCGGCGCCUGGGGCCGCCCCGGCGGGGGGCAUCUCGUUCCAUCUGCAGAUCGGCCUGAGCCGCGAGCCGGUGCUGCUCCUGCAGGACUCCUCUGGCGACUAUAGCCUGGCGCAUGUCCGGGAGAUGGCUUGCUCCAUCGUGGACCAGAAGUUCCCUGAAUGUGGUUUCUAUGGACUCUACGAUAAGAUCCUGCUUUUCCGUCACGAUCCUGCCUCUGACAACAUCCUUCAGCUGGUGAAAAUCGCAAGUGAUAUCCAGGAGGGUGAUCUUAUUGAAGUGGUCCUGUCAGCUUCGGCCACCUUUGAAGACUUCCAGAUCCGGCCCCAUGCUCUCUUCGUUCAUUCAUACAGAGCCCCAGCUUUCUGUGAUCACUGUGGAGAAAUGCUGUGGGGGCUGGUGCGCCAAGGCCUUAAAUGUGAAGGAUGUGGUCUGAAUUACCAUAAGAGAUGUGCAUUUAAAAUCCCCAACAAUUGCAGCGGCGUGAGAAGGAGAAGACUCUCCAAUGUGUCUCUCACUGGACUCGGUACUGUCCGCACAGCAUCGGCUGAGUUCUCCACCAGUGUCCCUGAUGAGCCUUUACUGUCUCCUGUGAGCCCUGGCUUUGAGCAAAAGUCUCCAUCUGAGUCAUUUAUCGGCCGUGAGAAGAGGUCAAAUUCGCAGUCAUACAUCGGACGGCCGAUUCAGCUCGACAAGCUCCUAAUGUCUAAGGUGAAGGUGCCACACACCUUUGUCAUCCACUCCUACACACGGCCCACGGUCUGCCAGUUCUGUAAGAAGCUCCUCAAGGGCCUCUUCCGGCAGGGCCUGCAGUGCAAAGAUUGCAGAUUCAACUGUCACAAACGCUGCGCACCCAAAGUACCAAACAACUGCUUGGGUGAAGUGACCAUCAAUGGAGAAUUACUUAGCCCUGGUGCAGAAUCUGAUGUUGUCAUGGAAGAAGGGAGCGAUGACAAUGACAGUGAGCGGAACAGUGGGCUCAUGGAUGACAUGGAUGAGGCCAUGGUCCAAGAUACUGAGAUGGCUUUGGCAGAGGGCCAGAGUGAUGGUGCAGAGAUGCAAGAUCCAGAUGCAGACCAGGAGGACUCCAACAGAACCAUCAGCCCUUCUACGAGCAACAACAUCCCGCUCAUGAGGGUAGUGCAGUCUGUGAAGCACACGAAGCGGAGGAGCAGCACUGUAAUGAAGGAAGGGUGGAUGGUGCACUACACCAGCAAGGACACACUGGAAAUUCCUUUAUCAGAAAUAUUAUGUCUAGAACCAGCAAAACCUUCAGCUUUAACUCCCGUUGGAGCAAAUCCUCAUUGUUUUGAAAUCACUACAGCGAAUGUAGUGUAUUAUGUGGGAGAAAACGUGGUCAACCCAUCAAGUUCCCCACCAAACAACAGUGUUCUUCCCAGUGGCAUCGGUCCGGAUGUGGCCAGGAUGUGGGAGGUGGCCAUCCAGCAUGCUCUUAUGCCUGUCAUCCCCAAGGGCUCCACUGUUGGCUCUGGAUCCAACUCACACAAAGAUAUUUCUGUGAGCAUUUCCGUUUCAAAUUGCCAGAUUCAGGAAAACGUGGAUAUCAGCACAGUCUAUCAAAUAUUUCCUGAUGAAGUCCUGGGUUCCGGACAGUUUGGAAUUGUUUAUGGAGGUAAACAUCGUAAAACAGGAAGAGAUGUAGCUAUUAAGAUUAUUGACAAAUUAAGAUUUCCAACAAAACAAGAAAGUCAGCUUCGUAAUGAGGUUGCAAUUUUACAGAACCUUCAUCACCCUGGUGUUGUAAAUUUGGAGUGUAUGUUUGAGACGCCUGAAAGAGUGUUUGUUGUUAUGGAAAAACUCCAUGGAGACAUGCUGGAGAUGAUCUUGUCAAGUGAAAAGGGCAGGUUGCCAGAACACAUAACGAAGUUUUUAAUUACUCAGAUACUAGUGGCUUUGCGACAUCUUCAUUUUAAAAACAUCGUUCACUGUGACCUCAAGCCAGAAAAUGUGUUGCUGGCAUCUGCUGACCCUUUCCCUCAGGUGAAACUCUGUGAUUUUGGUUUUGCCCGGAUCAUUGGAGAGAAGUCUUUUAGGAGGUCAGUGGUGGGUACCCCAGCCUACCUGGCACCUGAGGUUCUGAGGAACAAGGGCUAUAACCGCUCUCUGGACAUGUGGUCUGUUGGGGUCAUCAUCUAUGUGAGCCUGAGUGGUACCUUCCCUUUUAAUGAAGAUGAAGAUAUCCAUGAUCAGAUCCAGAAUGCAGCCUUCAUGUAUCCACCCAACCCAUGGAAGGAGAUUUCUCAUGAAGCCAUUGAUCUUAUCAAUAACUUGCUACAAGUGAAAAUGAGAAAACGCUACAGCGUGGAUAAAACCUUGAGUCACCCUUGGCUACAGGACUAUCAGACCUGGUUAGAUUUACGAGAGCUGGAAUGCAGAAUUGGAGAACGCUAUAUUACCCACGAAAGCGAUGACUCCAGGUGGGAACAGUACGCAGGCGAGCAGGGGCUGCAGUACCCGGCGCACCUGAUCAGUCUGAGUGCUUGCCACAGUGACAGUCCUGAGGCUGAAGAGAGAGAGAUGAAAGCCCUCAGUGAGCGUGUCAGCAUCCUCUGAUUCCAUCCCCUCUAAUCUGUCAAAACACUGUGGAAUUAAUAAAUACAUACGGUCAGGUUUAACAUUUGCCUUGCAGAACUGCCAUUAUUUUCUGUCAGAUGAGAACAAAGCUGUUAAACUGUUAGCACUGUUGAUGUAUCUGAGUUGCCAAGACAAAUCAACAGAAGCAUUUGUAUUUUGUGUGACCAACUGUGUUGUAUUAACAAAAGUUCCCGGAAACACUAAACUUGUUAUUGUGAAUGAUUUAUGUUAUAUUUAAUACAUUAAACCUGUCUCCACUGUGCCUUUGCAAAUCAGUGUUUUUCCUACCAGAGCCUCAUUUUGGUGAGAGCCAGGACCUAUCCAGGACACCAUUGUGUUUGGUGUGCUCCCAUUGAUGGUGGUGUUGUAAGCAAACUCUUGAGGAGUAGAUAAUCUGCAGGUGUUCUGUGAACAACUCAAAAUGCACAGUGGGUGGGGGUGGGAGAAUGAAAGAUGAGGAGAGGGCAUAAAUGUCCUCAGAUUGACUCGCAUGGAAACAGUUCUACUGUGUGGGUUCAACUGUUCUGCCUGUCUGUUGUGCCUCAGUGUAUUUAAACUCUAGUAAGUGCACCUCAAUAUGUGGAGCUACUGCUCUAAGCCUAAAUGCCUUAGAAUGUAAACUGCUAUCCAUACCAGAUGCAUUUCCUCCUUUCUUACAAUACCAACUGUAUCCACGGAAAACCAGCAACUCAGCAAAU